UUUCGAAGGUGCCAGAACGAGGAGGGUGCUGCUGCUUCAUUUUCCUCACCGUUUCUCCUUUCUCCGGCGGCCGACGCUGCUAUAGCCACUCUUGUACUCGCCGUUCUUUCUUCCGUUCUCUCUCCUUCAGCGGUUUUCACUUCAACGCUUCUCUGUUUCUACCUUUCACUCUUCAGCUCACUGCAUUUCUUUCUCUUUUCCUCGCCGCUAAAAUCUAAUUCCGUCUCUUAAUUGGAGCUGCUAAGAAGGCAUCCCUUCUCAUCUCUGAAAUAGGAAAUCUGAUUCGAAGAAUUGAUCCAUGGAGCAAGAAGCUGGUGGUACUGACCACCAUUUUGUAGGAACCAGACGAUCGGAUCUGAAGAAGUCCUUCAAAGUGGCUGUUCGCUCUCUUCUAACUUCCUGCUCCAGAGAGGAUUUCAAAAAGGCAUUUCCAAAUUUUACAAAUGCUGAGCGACAACGUUUGCACCAGCUAUUUAUUCAGGUGGUUACUUCUUUGCAUGCAAAUAUAGAGGAGGAGUUUGAGUCUUUAUGCCUUGAAACACAGGUUGGAAAGAUUCUUGAUACUGUGGAGCAACUUGUUGAAGAGCAAAGUCUUGAUCCUUUGUAUUCAGAUAAGACUAACAUAGGGGAUGUGGUACAAAAUUUGGCAAAAGCAAAGGAGAAUGAGAUCCAGUUCCUCAGGACUACGCUGGAAAAGGCUGAAGAACGUAUGCUUCUUGUACAAGCCCAGAUUGAACAACUUAAGAAAGGAGCACAAGAAGUGUUGGGCUCAACAGAUGUUGUUGAGAAGUUCAGAAGCAGCAUUUCAAGUUAUCAAACAUGAGACGGAAAGCUUUAUGACCCAUUCUUGGCAGCUAGUUCAGUGACAAAACUAGAUUAUGUUAUAGGCUCCAUGUUAAUCAACUAGUAAUAUUUCAAGCAUGACGAUCUGUUGUCUUAUUAUUUUGAAAAUGUCAAGUAUAUUGCUAUUCAGUCAAAUAUGGUGGUUUGCUGAAAACUCAAAUGAAUAGUCCCUAGUUGUUAGAGAGACUUGAUAAGUAGAAAAGGAAGAAGUGGACGAAGACAUCCAAGCCAUGAUUGCUGGAGGAGUGGAUAUAAUGUAUCAUCAGAUUCCAGAUUUGGAGACUUAAAGACUGGUAUAUAUGCAUAUUCUCAACUGAAUGUAGGCAACUUGUUUAUGAAUAAUCAAUUCACUCGACACUCGACACUCGACAUUAGUCUUUCUUAUUGCAUCUAUUUACUUUGCAAUAGACAUGGGGUGACUGGCACUAAGACAUGCUAUUGUAGUAGUUUUGUACUUCUAUUGUCUUCAAGAGAACUUUGGUUUGCAUAGUAAGUUGUUCAUUAUGACUAGAUGUCAUUAGAUGAUUGUUGCUACCCAGAACCUGCUAGUAAAGUUUACAUGAUUUC